AUGGCGACUUCACACUUCAGAGCUGUCAGCACGCUGACACGCAGUUUGCGCGUCUCGCACCGUGCUUUCACCGCUUCCGCCCGGAGUCUCGAGGCUUCCGUUCCCUCGGCCUCCAAGAACGAUGCGACUCCUGCCCCGGUCGACGAGUCGAAGCCUCUCGAGGUGAACCAAGCCCCCAACAGGCUGGGAGUGUGGUCGAGGAACCAGAGGCCGCGCUCUGAGGCCAUGACUGGUCCGCGAUUUGAGCAGACGGACUUUGAUCUCCAGCCGCAGCCCAAGUCGGCGAUGGAGAUGCUUCACAGAGAGCCCGUGAGGUGGACGCACGACCGGAUCGUCGCGUGUGAAGGGGGUGGUGGCCCAGCCGGCCACCCCAAGGUGUUCAUCAACACAGACAAGCCAGAGAUUGCCAUUUGCGGCUACUGUGGCCUGCCAUUCGCACACGAACACAACCGGAAGCACCUCGAAUCUCUACCCCAGACCUCGUACCCUCUCGCAUGA